AGAUCGACGGAUGUGUGAUUACCGAUCGAGACCGACUGUAUAAGAGCUAGCGUAGCAAAGAACUAGACUACAGUCUACAGAUCCGAAGGAGCAUGGUAGCUUGUUACCCACCUUAAUUAGCUUUGUGAUUCCACAGCCAAGUGCAAUGUCUGGAGGUGAAGUAACUUCGAAUGGUGCAUCCAACAUGCAAGCUGCAGGAGCGGAUGAUGCACCGAAAGAAGAAGUGUUGAUCCGAAUGGCCCGACCAAAGCUCCGGAGCGUGGACGAAAGCCAGUUCACGCCGUUGGUCGUGCCAAUCGGCCCUUACCACCCUCGUGCUCCUGGGUGUUCAUCUCAACUUCCAGAAGAGAAGAAGCAGCAUGCGGCCGACAAGGUCCUGCGUCCCGGACACAUGAAAAGGGCCAAAACAAUGGACGAGCUGAACAAGCUGCUGGCGAAGGCGAAGGCGUGCUAUCCCGAUCUUUCAGCCAGGAACAGCCGUUUGCUUGAGAACCAGAACCGUCAGGAGUUCGUGCAGAUGCUGCUGCACGACGGGUGCUACGUGCUGAGUUUCCUCGUAGAUUACAAAUCAGCAUCUGACGAAGCUGGCAGCGGCCCGGGCCCGGGCCCGGGCCCGGUCGUUAUGCGGGAGGAGAACUGGGUCAUGCGCGACACCCUUUUCUUGCUUGAGAACCAGGUUCCUUGGUUCGUCCUCGAGAAGUUGCAUCACUGCAUCGUCGGCAAUGAGGACCGCUCGGUCCUCGAAGACCUGUCUCUCUGUGUCCGGUCGCUGCUGAAGGACCGACUCCACACCAGCGGAAGGCCACGGCGGUUGCCGGCAUCGGCAUCCGACGACGUCCCAUCUACCCUGCUUCACCUGGUGCACGCCUACUUCAUGCCAACCGAAAAAUGUCGGACGAAGAAGGAACACCUGGUGCUGGACGUCGCCUCCGAGCCGCAGUCAAACCCAGCACAAGGGGCGACACGGUCGCCCUCGAGGAGUCUCCACCGGAUAAUACGGAGGUGCUGUCCACCGCAGCUCAGGGCGAGACGGUCGUCGUCGACGUCCACCGCAGCUCAGGGCGAGACGGUCGUCGUCGAGGAGUCUCCACCGGAUAUCACGGAGGAGGUGCCGCCAACAGCAGCUCAAGGCAAUACGGUCGUCCAACCCCGAGUGCCUUCGCCACGCCGUCGCAUGGGCCGGUGGCGCCGGGCGACGGAGUACUGCCGGUACGGCAACGUGAAGCUGAAGCGUCUGCACUUGGCCGACGACGACGGCGAGGCGGACUCCGUGCUCGACGUCAGCCUGCAGGGACGCACACUGCUGAUGCCAUGCCUCCUGAUCGACAGCGCCACGUGGACUCUCCUGCGCAACCUGAUGGCGCUGGAGGAGCGCAUGGACCGGAGGCCAGUCACGGCCUACUGCGUCUUCAUGUCGCAGCUGGCCGGCAAGGCGGAGGACGUCGAGCUCCUGCAGCGGGCCGGGGUCGUCCAGCAUUUCCUCGGCAACGACGGAGAGGUCGUCAAUGGCUUCGCCGACCUCUGCAGGGAGGUGGUCUUGGACGUCGACAGCCCCGACGAGAACUACCUCAACCCCAACUGGAACAAGCUGCAGGAGCUGUGCCAGAGCAAGUGGAACAAUUUCCGCGGAUUCUUCCGUGAGAUCCACUGCGACAACGACGUGCACUUCUUUGCCUUCGUUGGCGCCGUCUUGCUGUUCCUCUUUCAGCUCGCACAGGUCAUGCUUGCAGGCUUUUCCUUGCAUAAUAAGCAGCCAAAAUAGUGCCCGGCACCUAUAUUUUUUCCAGUUGUAAGUACGACAGUAUUUAGUGCGUUGUGUUCCCCAUUGUUUGGUUUUGGGAUCACCCAUUCAACAAUCAAUUAUUUUUCAGUCGUAAGGA